ACCUAUCUCGUUUGGUUAGACUUCUAGUAGGCAAUCGGGACAAAUGCACUAGCUUUUAGGACGUGCACUGGGGCGUGCAGCGCUUAAAUUGUUCGGACCAGGUGAAGGAUGAGUUACAACCAAUAUUCGUAUGGCCAGGGCGGCUAUGGACAGCAGCAGCAGCAGCAGCAGCAGCAGCAGCAGGGCCAGCAGGCGCCCUACACGAACCAGGCCCAACAGCAGCCGGGGCAAGGGUAUGGACAGGCCCAGGCAGGCUAUGGAUCGGCCUAUGGCGGCACUGGCACUGCUCAGGGCUACGGCACAGCAGGUGCUGGCUAUCAAACCGGGGGAUACGGCGCUGCUGGCGCUGGUGCUGCGGGAGGCGCAGCUGCGGGCACAUACGGCUCUGGUGCCAACGUCACAGCUGGUGGUUACGGCGGCGCGGGGUACGGGGGCGCCAGCGCCGCGCCGGCAGCGGCGCAGGUCCAGCCGUCCACGACACAGCAACCUGGCGCUUACGGUACAGCUGCUACUCCGGGAGCUGGUUAUGCAUCGGGCGGCAGUAGCUACGGCGCGGCCGCGGCCACGGGUAACUACGCUGGAGCUGGGCAGGGUUACCAAACCUACGGCCAGGCCGGCGCGGGACAGGGCUACGGAUCGUCGUCAGCGCCCGGCGCCACGGCCGGUGCAGGUGGUUAUGGCGGCGCUGGUGCCGGCACUGGCCCCACGAGCGGCGCGGCGGCAGGCGGCGCAGGCGCUGGGUGGGGUGCGGCGGGCGGCGCGGCGGGCGCUGCAGGCGCGGCCGGCCGGCCCGGCGGCGCCGCGGCUGCGGCACUGGCGCACAUGCCGCAGGACCAGCAGAACAAGCUCAACACGAUGAUGCAGGGCUCGUACGGACAGCCUGGUUCCUCGGCAUCCACCUACGGCCAGCCGGCGGGGCCGCAGCCACAGCCCGCGCAGCAGCAGCAGCAGCAGCAGCAGUACGGCAUGUACGGGUCCGGCACCGGUGCGGCGGGCGCCGCCGCCGCGCAGCCGGGCGCCGCGCCAGCCUCCGGCGGCACCUACGGCCUCCAGCAGCAGCAGAGGGCGUACGGGUCCACGGGUGCCAGCGGCAAUGUCGCUGGCGCAAGCACCUACGGCCUGCAGCCGGCGGCACAGCAGCCGCAUCAGGCGGAGCCGGCCAAGCCGCCGGGGAUGGGUGGCUACGGCUCCGCCGCUGCCACGGGCCAGACGUACGGGCUGCAGUCCUCGUCCGGCACCACCACUGCUGGCGGCGCCGCGGCGGCCACGGGGGCCGGCGGUGGCUACGGCGGGAUGCUGGGCAGCAGCAGCUACGGCGCGCAGGGGGCGCAGCAGGGCGGCGCGGCCGCGUCCUCAAUCCCGGGCCUGGGCGGCACCACCAACACCAGCACUGCCGCCGGCGCGCCGGCGUACGGCAGCACGGGGUCCUACGGCGCCAAUGCGUACGGGGCGGGCGCGGCGGGCGGCGGUGCGGGCGUUGGCACGGGAGCGGCCGCCGCCGGCGCGGGCAGUACGUACGGGCUGCAGUCGGCGGCCCGGCCGGGGGCGUACGGCACGUCGGGCUACCAGCAGCCGGGGCAGCAGGCGGCAGCCUCCACCAUUCCCGGCCUGCAGGGGGCCGGCGGCACGGCCGGCGCGUACGGCGCUGGACGGCAGACGGCGCCGGGCCAGUACGGUAUGCAGGGGGCCGCCGGCGGCCCGGUCCCCACGGCCGCGGCUGGCGCCGGUGCCGGAGGCUACGGAGCUGGCGGCGGCUACGGCGCAGCGGGCGGCCAGUCGGCGGCGGCUGGGCCAGGCGGCGCGGGGGCGCAGCAGCCUGGCAUGGCGAGCGGGUACUCCGGCGCGGCCGGGUACGGCGGCGUCAAGGCGCCUGUCGUGGCCGGCGCCGGCACUUAUGGGGCUGGCAUGUCGGGUGCUAGCCAGCAGCAGCAGCAGCCCGCAGCGCCAAUCAGUUCGCGCUAUUUUGGCAACACGCCGGCGGUCGCCGGGCCCGGGCCCAUGGGACCCAUGGUCAGCGGCGCCGCUGGGGGCGGCGGCAUGCCGCCGCCGCCGCCCAUGGGCCCAAUGAGCGCCGGCGGCCGUGCGACGCCGUACAGCGUCAUUGGGCAGCGGGAGAUGGUCAGUGGCGGCGGCGUUGGCGGCAGCGGCGGCGGCCCCGUCAUGGGGCGUGGCGGGUAUGACGACUACCGCGGCCCUCCCGGCCCUAUGGGCCCGAUGGGCAGCGUGGGCCCGGGGCCGAUGACUCGCGCACCGCCGCCGCCGCCAGCGCCUGGCCGUGACUAUGGCGUCAGCAGCGCGGCUGCUGCCACUGCGGCCGGCCGGGACGGCUACCGGGACAGCGGCGGCCGCGAUUACGGCCGCGACCGGGAGCGUGACCGGGACUACGGCCGUGAGCGGGACGCGGGUCGGGACCGUGACGCCGGCCGCGACCGGGAGCGUGAGCGGGAGCGCGAACGGGAGCGGGAGCGCGAACGCGAGCGGGAGCGGGAGAGAGAGCGCGAACGUGACAGGGAUAGGGACCGUGACAGGGAGCGGGACAGGGACCGGGAGCGCGGCUCUGGUGCGGCUGCCACGGCUGCCACAACCGGCGGCGCCCGGGACCGUGACGCGGAACGAGACCGGGACAGGGACAGGGACCGGGAGCGGGCGGCGGCGUCUUCGCGCGACCGGGACAGGGACCGGGGCGACAAGGACCGAGACAAGGACAAGCGGACCUCGCCGCCUCGCCGGGACAAGGAUGACGCUUCUCGCAAGCCGCGCAGCCCCUCUCCAGUGCCCGCUAGCGGGUCCGGCCGUGCGCCGCCACCUCGCCGCCGCAGCCCCUCGCCCGCCACGGCGCCCGCCGCCGCACCGCCCACCACGCCUACCGCCGCCGCCACCGCGGCCACGGCCCCCAAGCCCGCGCCCGCUUCCGCGCCCGCACGCUCCGUCGACUACGGCAUCCGCGUGCCCAGCUUCUGUGUCUCCACCUUUGAGCGUGAUUACCUGGACAUGGCUCGCCGCUAUCCUCACCUCACCAUCCCCAACGACUUCAGCCGCCUCGCCUGCUGCUGGCUGCGGCGGCAGCCCGGCCCGCCCGACAGCCUGGGCUGCGGGCUGGUGCCGCUGGACCGGCAGGUUCGGGUGGAGCACGAGCAGGACCUCACGCGAUGCGGCGAGCUGCCGGCAGCUGCUCCGGCGGCGCCAGCGGUACCUGAGGGCGGCGAGGGUGCCGGCGGUGGAAGCGGAGGCCACGGGGGCGGCGUCAAGCACAUUGCUAAGGUGCUGCUGCUCCAGGGCCUGUCCGCCUCCGCGCGCGCCGACGUGCUGCUGGGCCCGCACCACGAGGGCGGCGUGCACCUGAUCAACGCGCUCAAGUUCGUGGCGGCGCGCUACACACGCCAGCUGCUGCCGGCGGAGGAGGGCGGCAGGGAGCGGGACAAGCCGCGCGGCGUGCUGGGCGCGCUGGGCGGGCAGUGGGACCCGGUGCUGGACGGAGGCGACCCGAACAGUGAGGACGGCGGCCUGGUCCGCGCCGCCAUCCGCCACGUGCGCGACCAGACCGGACUGGACCUCAGCGCCUGCGACAACUGGCUGCGCGUCGCCGACGUCACCUACAUCCGGAGCCCCUCGGGAUCUGGAUCCGGAUCCGGGCACAGCCAGGGGCAGGGGCAGGGCGGCUCGGCCGCCGUGUCCAUGCACGAGCCCGGGUGCAGCGAGGUGGUGACUCUGUUCGUGGCGGUGCCGGACGCGUGUGUGGCGGGGCCGGAGGCGUGGCCGGAGGAGGCGCGCGCGCAGCAGGCGUUCAAGCAGCAGCGGCUGGCGCUGGAGGCGGCGGAGGCUAAAAAGCGGGAAGACGCCGCGAAGGAGAAGGAGCGGGAGAAGGAGCGGGAGAAGGAGCGGGAGAAGGAGCGGGAGAAGGAGCGGGAGAAGGAACGGGAGAAGGAGAAAGAGCGCGAAGCCAGCAAAGCCAAGGAGAGCAAGGAGGCAAAGGACAAGGAGGCAAAGGACGGCUCGAAGGACUCGAAGCAGGCGAAGGACAAGGAUACGAAGGAGGGCAGCAAGGAGGACAAGGCGAAGGAGGGCUCGAAGGAGGCUGAGGGCGGCAAGGAGGAGAAGGCGAAGGAGGAUGUGGACAAGGAGAAGGAGAAGGAGGACACGGCGCCGGACGCCAAGGAGGCUGACGGCGCCGCUGCCAAGCCUGCUGAGGAGAAGGCAGGCACCACGGAGGAGGCUGCAGCCGCCUCGUCCCCUGGCGCCGCCGCCGCCGCCGCCGCCAUCACCAUCCCCGACGUACCUCUGCCGGAGGAGCCCUGCCUGCAGCUGCGCGGCCGCGCCGGCCUGCCGCCGGCCCACUCCCACGCCGCCUCGCACCACCACCCGGCCGGCCUGGCGCUGGCGGCGCCGCACCCGCACGACCGCAUCAAGACCUUCUCCAUCUCGCUGCACGGCCUGUUGGACUACGACGACUCGGACCGCGACGAGCCCACCUUUGAGCUGUCCGUGUUUGCCGAGUGCUUCACCGACAUGCUGUCCCGCGAGUUCGGCGGCGCCGUGUACGGGGCGCUGGCGGCGGAGGCGGCGGGAGAGACGCCUGCGUACGCGCCGCCGGUCGUCAACGCCGAUGCGCCGGCCACCACCGCCGUGACCGCGCCCGCGACCACAGCUGCGGGCAAGCGCAGCCGGGAGGACGCGGCGGCGGGCGGCGAGCAGCCUUCACGCGGCAUGAGCGAGGCCCCGGAGGCGGCGACGGCCGCUGCCGCCACGCCUGAUGGGAAGGACGCCAAGAAGGCGCGUGCCGGCGAUGCGGAUGCAGCCGCCGCUGCCGCCCCCGCUGCUGCUGCUGCUGCUGCUGCUGCUGCUGCUGCUGUACAGGACAAGGCGGCAGCCAAGCCGGAAGAUGCAGAUAUGGCCGAGGCAGCAGCGGAGGCACCGGCCGCGGCAGCGCCCGUGGAGGAGGCGCCGGCGUCGCAGCCAUCUGACGCGGGCGCGUCGGCACCGGUGGCGGCGGAGCCGGAGCCGGAGCCGGAACCGGAGGAGGAGACGCCGCCGGCCAAGGGCAAGGCGAAGGGCAAGGCCAAGGGGCGCGCGGCCUCUACGCGUGGGCGCGGCCGCGGCCGGGGGCGAGGCGCCAAGGGCCGCAAGUCCAAAAAGGUGGAGGUGGAGGAGCCGGAGGAGGAGGCCGAGGCCGAGACCACGGAGACGGCGGCAGCUGAGGCAGACGGCGCCGCCGCGGCCACCACUGUGCCCGUGGAGGCCGCGGCCGCGGAGGUGCAGGAGGAGGCAGCCGCGGUUGUUGCUGUGAAGACGGAGGGUGCGGAAGCAGACGCGAACAUGGAGGAGGCGGCUGCAGCGCCCGAGGCGGUUGUCAAGACUGAGGAGGCGCCCGCUGUGGUGGUGAAGCAGGAGCCGGCUGGCGAGGCCGACAUGGACAUAGACGCCUCUCCGCCCCCGCCGCCGCCAGCGCCAGCGCCAGCAGAUGCGGACGCCGCGCCAGGCGGCGCCGCCGCCAAGGACGGCGGCGACAAGGCGAAGGAAGCCGCUGGCAAGGACAAGCCCAAGGACAAGGACGGGAAGGAUGGAAAGGCGGGCGGCAGCGGCAAGGACAAGGACAAGGACAAGGAGCGGGAGAAGGACGGCAGGGCGGCACGCAGCAGCGCCCGCUCGGCCUCGCGCGACCCCAAGGAUCCCAAGGAGGGCAAGGACGCCAAGGAGCCGCGCGGCGGCAGCGGCAAUGGAGGCAGUGGCGGCGGCAGCAGCAGCCGGCGCAAGAAGUACGUGACCGACAACGCACUGCUGGCGGCGUUCAGGUUCUUCGACCGCACCGGCUGCGGCUACUUCCGCACGGACGACCUGCGGCGGCUGCUGCACGCGCUGGGGCUGGGCCUGCCGCACCGGGUGGUCAGGGAGCUGGCGCGCGGCAAGGACGACGCGCUGGGGCCCAACGUGCGCUUCAAGAACGACAAGCUAUACUACCGCGACUUGACGGACAAGGAGGUGCGCAGCGCCGGUGAUGGAGGAAGCGGUGGUGCCGGCGGCAGUGGCAACGGCGCCAAGGAGGGCUCCGAGCCGCCGCCGGCUCAAGAGGCGGCCGAGUAACGCGGGCGAUGCAUGCUGGCGGCGGGCGGCGUUGUUGGGCACAUCUUGCGUUUGAUAUGCAUGUCAUAACGUGUUACAGAAGGAACACCGUGGCAAAAGGCUAUCCUGGCCCACGCAGCCACGUUAGGUCAGUUGUACCUCGCCUCCGCUCCAAUGCUUGUGGUUAAGUGUGCAGCUUUUUGGCGGUGGCUUGAGGCUGAAGCGGUCCAUUGACUUGCACCCGAGCUGUUCAGUUGGUGGGCUUGAGGAGGCAGCGUGGCGCCAUGUGCGCGUGUAAGAAGAUGGCUUGGUGGGAACAGCUGCGUGGUGCACAAGAGCAUCAGGGUGUGCGAUGGGACAGGGUUUAGGGUCCGUGUGAUGCAGCACUAGGAGUAAGCCCAGCAAGAUGCGGAGUUGGCUGGAGCCGGGCCUUGCACCAGCUUGCACUCCC